AUAAUAAAUAAACAAAAAAUUCCAGAAAAAAAUCAAACGAUUAAACAUAAAUCUGAGGUGUACCUCACCCGCCUGCAACAGCAACAACAACAGCGCCACUUCUCCUCAUACAUCGCCCCCCCCCACGACAGUGACAAAACGGCUUUCCUACAACAACGACGCCUCUUCGGUGGCGGUGCCUUGGCAUCGUCAUCGUCGACUGGCGGCAGCAGCAGCAGCACAAUCGGUGAGUCGGUAUUGCACCGUUCACAAUCGCAACAACAGCAGCAGCAGCAGCAGCUGGAGAGGAGCAGCAAUUUCAACUUGAGUAGUCAUCACAGCAACAGCGUUGGCAGUGCUGGUAGUGGCGGUGGUUCAGAUAGGGGCAAUAAUAGUGCCAAUGCCACAUUGACUAAUGGCAACAACAACAUCGCCAACAUUAUCAACAGCAUAAAUAGCAACAAUAGUAACAUCAGCUGCAGCAGCAGUGGUGGCAGUGGCGGCAGUGUUGGCAGUCAUAAUUUUAAUAGCAACACCAACAACAAUUGCAAUGGCAAUACGGGUGUAAACAUUGGCAGCAGUAGCGGUGGCAGUGGCCGAUAUCGACCGCCAUUAUAUCCUAAACCCAAGACACCAUCAUUCGAUAAAGAUCGCGACUACAUCGGCUUCGCCACAUUGCCCGAACAAGUGCAUAGGAAAUCGGUGAAGCGUGGAUUCGACUUUACGCUUAUGGUAGUCGGCGAGUCGGGAUUGGGCAAGUCAACGCUAAUCAAUAGCCUAUUCUUGGGUGAUCUAUACAAGACUCGAAUUAUACCAAAUGUCGAAGAGCGACUCGAGAAGACGACACGUGUUGAAAAGAAAACCAUGGACAUAGAAGAGAGGGGAGUACGCUUGCGAUUAACCGUGGUGGAUACGCCAGGUUUCGGCGAUGGCAUCAACUGUGAGGAUAGCUGGCGUGUCUGCACCGCCUACAUCGAUGAGCAGUUUCGUCAAUACUUUACAGACGAGAGUGGCCUGAAUCGACGCAACAUACAGGAUAACCGCGUGCAUUGUUGUUUGUAUUUUGUGCCACCAUGGGGUCAUAGUCUGCGUCAAAUGGAUUUGGAUCUCAUACGACGACUCCACCGCAAAGUCAAUAUAGUGCUUGUCAUCGCCAAGGCGGAUUGUCUGACCAAAAAUGAGGUGCGCAAGCUAAAGGAGCGCAUACUGCAAGAUUUGGAGGACAACAAAAUACAAUUAUAUCAAUUCCCCGAAUGUGAUUCGGAUGAAGAUGAUGAUUUUAAGCAACAAGAUCGCGAUCUAAAGGCUUCAAUACCAUUCGCUGUCGUCGGCAGCAAUACGAUAUUGGAGAUAGCGGGCAAGAAAGUACGCGGGCGUCAAUAUCCUUGGGGCGUUGUAGAUGUGGAAGAUCCCGAACAUAGCGAUUUCAACAAGUUACGCACCUUCCUCAUCUCCACGCACAUGCAAGAUCUUAAGGAUACAACACAGGAUGUGCAUUAUGAGAAUUUCCGUGCACAAUGCAUCUCACAGAUAUCGCAACAUGCGCUGCGCGAACGUGGCAAAUUGAAGCGUGAUUCAAUUAGUUCGACCAAUGGCUUUGAUGCGGCUAUUUCAGAGACAGAUCGAUUGCUGUUGCAGAAAGACGAAGAAAUACGACGUAUGCAAGAUAUGCUCACACAAAUGCAAGAGAAGCUGAAGCAGACUCACUUGAUGGAAAUGAAGAAGAAUGAUAGUGUUAUUGAUGUUUAAGUGAGAGGCGAGGGUUUUGAGCUUUGAACAUAAAGGCAGCUGAUGAAGGAAAAGGGAAGUUCAUUGCCAUGGUUUGAGUGAAGCUUAAAUGCAGGCAUACAAUUCGAGAAACGAACACCUGUAUUGACAUGAAUAACAAAUACCGAAUUAAAUAG